UGUUCUUUGUGGGACGGAGGUGGGCGGCCGCAGUGCCCGGAUGUGCUGCGGCCUUCGACACUGAGAUGCCGAAAGUGAAGCGAAGCCGCAAACCGCCUCCUGAUGGCUGGGAGCUGAUUGAACCCACCCUGGAUGAACUGGACCAGAAAAUGCGAGAGGCUGAGACUGAACCUCAUGAAGGGAAGAGGAAAGUAGAAUCACUGUGGCCCAUCUUCAGGCUCCACCACCAGCGAACACGUUACAUAUUUGACUUGUUCUAUAAGAGAAAGGCAAUUAGCAGAGAGCUGUAUGAUUAUUGCAUAAGGGAAGGAUAUGCUGACAAGAAUCUCAUUGCUAAGUGGAAGAAACAGGGCUAUGAGAACCUGUGCUGUCUCCGUUGCAUCCAGACCCGAGACACCAACUUUGGAACAAACUGCAUCUGCAGGGUCCCCAAGAGCAAGCUUGAAGUGGGAAGGAUUAUUGAGUGCACUCACUGUGGAUGCAGAGGCUGCUCUGGUUGAAUUUGUCCUUUUUUGGAUGUGGGGUUUUAGUUUGUGUAAUCAAUUUUAUUUUGAAUCAAUAUAUGGACCAUAAUUAGGACAAGAUGUACUGUAUAUGCUGUAGCUCUCUUCUAAGCAGCUUUGUUUUUCAAAGUGGAAUAUAUUGAAUUAAAAUGUAUUUUAAAACUGAAGCUUCUGAGCACUGUAGUCUUUAUAGAGUAACAAGUAGUCAGCAUCACAAGUAGAUUGAUCUGGAUGGCAUCUGUGCCCACUCUGAAGUACCUUCUUUUAAAAGUAGGGCAACUUGCCUUGAUGCAGUAAAACAACUACACUCACCACAUGUAACUUGAGUUUAGAAGCAGUAAAAUCAGUUACCCCAGACAGCCAUUAAGAGAUGACCAGGUUACUUUGGGCUGGUUAGUUCUGUCAAACCAAUUACAUCAAUAAUAAACUAAAAUUGAAGACCAUCCUAUUCUAUAACUACUCUUGACAGUUCUGAGUCUACAUAUUUCAGUAAUCUUUCUCUAAUUGCUGAUUGAUCUGUACUGAAAGUUACUGUGAAAUAAAGCUUUUGUUCAUUUC